AUGCGGCCAGAAGAGCAGCCUCGAACGAUCGUCAUCCUAGGAUCUACGGGUAAUCAAGGCAGAGGUGUGGUUGAAUGCGUUCUUCGCGAGCCUGGCUUGGAAAAAUAUCUCGUCCGUGCCGUUACACGGGAUAUCAAAUCUGCUCGUGCUAGACAAUUGCUGGAAGAUUAUCAAACCCCAGAUGAGCGUCUCAGUCUCGUCACAGGCGAUGUUUAUAAUGCCGAGAGCCUUGAAAAUGCCUUUUCGGGGGCAUACGGCGUGUUUGGGGUUACUAGCGAACAUGCUCCCAGGAGGAUUGAAAAGGAAGAAGAGAUGAACCACGAACUUCAAGCUGGUUUGAAUAUCAUAUCUGCUGCAAAGCUCUGUCAGGUGCAACACUUCGUUUUCAGCAGCUUGCCUGAUAUGAAGCAAGCUACAAACGGCCGCUUCCAGAAACUAUUCCACAUGGAUAACAAGUAUAUAAUUGAACAAUGGGCAAAGCCGUUCUUUCUCACGAACCUUAAACGGCGCCAGUAUUCUCGUCGCGAAAACGGGGUCGUCCGUUUCUGUCCACCGAUCCCCGGGGACAAGUUUGUCGAGUGGCUAGAUCCGGCAUAUGACAUGGGUGUCUUUGCAGCAAGGGUUUUUGCCCUCGGAAUUUCAAAAACGAAAAAUAAAAACUAUGUUGUUGCUGGUCCCAAGAUUCGCAUGCAAGAUUUUGCAACUAUUUUCACACGCGUCACUGGUCAACAGGCAAUUUAUUCGCCGACCACCUUGGAUGAGUGGGCUGAUAUGGCAUCGGAAGCGGUCGGGCCUGGAUUCAGAGAAGACAUUCGGCAAAUGAUGGAAUGGGCUUCAAUCAUGCCCGAUGACAAGAUUUGCUAUGGUGCCCUUGAUCCGGCGGAAGAUCCUUCUUGGGAAGAUCUCGGUGUUCGUGCUAGCAGCUUUGAAGACUGGCUAAACCGUACAGCGUGGACUGGACCAUAG